AUGACCCGCAUACGAGUAGCCAUCAUUGGCGGUGGUCUCGCCGGAGCCAGCUUAGCCAAUGCUCUAUUCUGGCUUCCACACCUCGACAUCCAGGUCUUCGAGGCAGCGCCCGAGUUCUCCGAGCGCGGCGCCUCUAUCGGGCUUUCCAAGAAUACACUCGAAACCCUAGACCAGAUACUUCGCGCUGCAGAAAGACUGUUGAUAGAAGAAGCUGGAGCCGUUGUCUCGAAGUCAGCGCGCGUCAUGAUGGGCUCGGGCGAAGAGGCCGUCUACAGAGCUUCGUUCCUGCGCCUGCUCUUAGCCCCGUUGCCUGACCAUAUGUUACACACCAAUAAGAAGCUUGUCUCCCAACACACGAGUUCGAACGGCAGGGUCGAGGUAGUGUUCGAAGACGGUGCCGUGGACCACUUCGACGCAGUCAUCGGUGCAGAUGGAAUAUUCAGUUCCGUCCGCGACUUCGUCCUCCAGGAUGAAGCUCUAGAACACGAAGCAUCGCCUGCUGGGUUCUGGGACUGUUCGAACUUGGUGCCGUUUGACAAGGCGUCAGCUGCCCUUGGCGAGGAAUAUUUUCGGGAGGGUAGGCAGUACGGCUGGAUCGGACACGGGGCGUUCUUACUCCAUGGUGUACUAGAGAACAGAACCAUGGUCCAAUGCAUAGUCUCAGGGACCGAAUCAGACCCUGCUAGAGAUCGAAAACGUGUUGUGACGCGGGAGAGCUUAGAUAAGGUGUUCGAGAGCUGCGAAGGCGGGCCUACUACGAAUGGCAUAAUUGAUGAACACAAGUCCACGCCCACUUACGCAAACGGACGGAUCUGUAUCGUCGGUGAUGCCGCACAUGCAGCGACGCCGUGGCAGGGGGCCGGCGCUGGACAAGCCAUUGAAGACGCUGUGGUCCUCGGAGCCCUGUUCGGCUGCAUCUCUUCGUCUGAAGAAAUCGAUGCGGUGUUCGAGGCUUUUGAUGGAGUUAGGAGACCUAGAUGCCAGCAAGUCAUCGAUUCUAGCAGGGAGACGGGGCGGAUCUUGUGCGGUCAGAUUGGGGGUGUUCAUGAUGUUGACGGUUUCAGAGAGGCGCUGGCACACAGGUGGGAUUUUUUAUACGACUUCGAUAUUGCGCGGCACAAGGAGGAAGCAUUGGCGAAGCUGGAGGAGAUGAAGGGGAGGGACUGA